AUUCCUCCCUCACGAGGCGGGGCGCUUCUGAACGUUGGGAAGGAGUGCGCGAGGCACCGGAACAAGAUGCCAAAGAGAAAAGCAACCAAAGUUUCCAAAAAGAAAUUGGCAGGAUAUCAAACCAAGCCAGACUCUCAGGGUAAACUGUUUUCAUCUGAGGAGCCUGAUGUCUCAAGUAUUUUGAAAAUUCCUGGAACCGGACAAACAGAGGAAACUGAAGACUUAUUUGAUCAUCCUUUACAUAGCACUGCUCUAUCUGUAUUCGAGGAGGAAGAAGAGGCUAAUAAUGGGAACGAUCAAUAUUCAACACUGAAUGAGUCUGCCAGCAAUUUCUCUGAUCCAGAGUCCCCAAAGAAAAAUGCAAAGAAAAGCCUUUAUAACAUCAUGACUUCUGAGGGAUAUCAAACCAAGCCAGACUCUCAGGGUAAACUGUUUUCAUCUGAGGAGCCUGAUGUCUCAAGUAUUUUGAAAAUUCCUGGAACCGGACAAACAGAGGAAACUGAAGACUUAUUUGAUCAUCCUUUACAUAGCACUGCUCUAUCUGUGUUCGAGGAGGAAGAAGAGGCUAAUAAUGGGAACGAUCAAUAUUCAACACUGAAUGAGUCUGCCAGCAAUUUCUCUGAUCCAGAGUCCCCAAAGAAAAAUGCAAAGAAAAGAAAAACUCACGUUCUGAAAACAAUGGUGAGAACUGAAGAUUCAGAAGAGGAAUCUUCAGUAAAGAACAUGAUACCCCAAAAAAAGACUCGAUCCCAUGUAAAUAAGAAUGUUUUACCAGAAGGGGAGACACAUUGUCCAGUUUCAAAAAAAGUUCCAAAGCAGCCAACGAAAGUUACCAGAUAUGUUACCAAGGGAAAAGUUGUUUUGAAGGAGCUUGAAAAGAUAACAACAGAAUUCAAAAAAGAAGUGAAACAGGAGAAGUAUACAAAAGUAAUUGAUACAUUUCAUACCAGGCUCAAAGAUGAACUCACCGACAUUUCUGCAGAUGCUGAGAAACUAAAAAAUACAAAAUUGAAACAAGCACAGAUGGUCAGAAAGACAAAUAAGAAAAGAAAACGUUUAAUAGAAAUUAAAGGAGACCUAUUUAGAAAUGAAUUAGAACUGAAGAAACUAAAGAAAGAAUACAGCAAACUGCAAGAAAAAAUGUCCUGUCUCAGGAAUGCAGUUCAGUUUAUUAAAGAUUUAAAGAGUCUUCAGCAAAUGAAGAAUGAAAAGAAAAACUCACAAGAAAAACUAGUAUAUGGCAUUUCCAGUCUUCCUGCACUUCUGAUGGAGUCACGAAGAAUUUUAGGAGCAGAAAGUCACUUACAAAAUAUCAACACAAAAUUACAGAAAAGUUUGGGAUUGCAAAAAACUAAGUAUUCAUACUAAAAAUUAUAUUCUGUGUUAUCAGAUGUACAAUGUAUUAAAAUAUAAAGUAGAAGUUGAAGUAGGAAAACUAUAAAUAAUUGGAGUUUUUUUUCAGUGAUCUAAACUCCAUAAAUUCCUUUUGGCAUGCUUACUGGUAUAUUUAGAUAUGAUUAACUCAAAAAUAAAAAUCUUUUGUUUGGCAAAAAAGAAAUAAUGAGGCAACAAAACAGACCAUUGAAUCAUAAAUAUAGAAUUUAAAUAGAUUUACUUUGUGUGAGAACAAGUGAUCUUUAACCUAUUCUUUCAUAAAAGUAGACUUUCCAA